AUGGAGCAGGGCAGACAACAGCAUCAGGACCAAUGCAGACAAACACGCAGACUCGCCAAAGAGCGAGUUCGACAAAUGUAUUUUGGAUCACUUGUGCUUCGCUGUGGGUCGGUCUGGCGCCAUUGCCGUCGGCUGCCAGCGUGGCAGCGUUUUAUGUUGUGGUGCCUGGCAUGGCUGGCAUUCCUUCAACUCGCAGACUCUGGAAGGUCAGGCGGUCCGCCAGGUUUCGCAGUGACGGGAGUGGCAAGUUCGGUCAAGGCCAGUGGCCCCGAGUCUGCCAUGUUGCUGGGGCAAAGUGUGACCGAGCAGCCGCAAACAUCGUCCUACAUGCAAAAUACAAAGGGUCAUGAGGAGGACGAGGAGGACGAGGAGGACGACGAGGAGGAUGAUGAGGACGAUGAGGAGGAUGACGAGGAUGAUGAUGACGACGACGAGGAUGAAGACGAAGAAGGAUCGGGUGAAGAAGGACAACAGGAGAAGCUGAAGGUGCAAGACCUUGACGAAGUACAGCGAGGUGUUUGGAAAGGUAGUGACGCAGUCUCCGGUGAGACUGGAGUGACUGGACAGGAAGAGGCCGUGCCAGUGUUCGCACCAGAGGCUGGGCCCUGCGUCAAGGCCACGAACUCCUCAACGGACGUUUGCUGCAGCACGGCGGUGGCACGGAUACAGCGCACUUCUCGGUUCAGGAGUGCGUACUUGCAGUCUCCGAGAGACCCAUCGAACAUUCAGAGCUGGUGGUCGCAGCUGGCACCAUCUACGGCCAGGUGGUACGCCCAGCGGGCUGCAGAUGAGGCAGCCGGUCAAAGGUGGAAUGGCAUCGCCGUACUGGUUGUUGGACAGGUUCGUGCUGGUACUGAAGAGCGGGUCACCCGCAACAUUCACAAGCAUGUCUUUCAGGAGAUGCCAACAUCGCGAUACCAUGUCUUCGCAGUUCUAGAGUUCACUCGGAGUGGUUUCACAUGGCGAGGGGAAAAUCAGCACAAUCGGAACUACAGCAGAGACUUCGCCGACGAGCAGGUCCAGGAAAUGUUGUCCACGUAUGGAGGCAACUACACCUUGGCGGAGUGGACACGUGAUGAUGUGGAACGUGAGCAGUACGUGUACGCAGAAUGUUCCAACCAAGCAAAAGCAGGCCAGGGCCUGACCCAGCAGUACUUGAAAUUUGCGCGGGCACUGGAGCUGAUGAGCAAGAAGGAAGAGGAAGAUGGCCAGCGAUUUGCCUUGGUGGUGAGGAUUCGACCUGACAUAAUGUACGUUGGCAGCGCGGGCUCUGCUCUGAGAUACCGCCUUGCAGAAGCCAUGUCCCCUGUCAACUCCACAAUCCCGUUCGCGUGUGGCUCAAUUGGCGGCGGUGGUGGUGAUGCUUUUCUGAUGAUGGACAGGGCUGCAGCGACUGCUCUUGGCAAUGUCUGGCGAUCGCUUCGUGGCUGCCGCGUCGAGAAUGUGGACGAAUGUGUGUCGUGGCCAGCCAUUCUCGGAGCUUGCUUGGCUCGCCCGGGUCCGCAACACUUGCGACAUUACGUCAAAGAGCAGUGUGAGCAUGGGUGGGUUCCGGUGUUUCUGCGACAUGGGGUUCCGAACACCGACUGUGGUGUUAGCGGCGUCUUUGCGGAACCUCCCCACAGGUGA